AUGGAGGUUUUGGCCAGAAGAAUUUGGUAUCAGUUAACCGGCAACAGGCUACGCGUUAAUUGUGGUAUAUUGUGGGGUACGGCCUGGGCUAUUAUAAAGAUGAGCAAAGAUGAACAAGGCUGUUGGCAUCGUACGUUUCAUCCAUUAGCUAAAGAAUUUCAAAAGGAUAAAUUCGGUUUUUGCCAUGAACCAGUUGAUGAUUUCCUAAAAUCACAAUGGCAAACUUCGCAAAAAUCCUUGUUAUGGCUAUUAUAUCGCUGGGGUCUAGCUGUAUGCUUUUGCGUUGGGGUCUUUGGUAGUUUAGUACAACAAUGGGCUCAGGGUCUUUGGUUUAUUUAUUUAACCGAUUGGGGUUUCUUUCUGUGCAUGUGUGUUAGUGUAUUUGGUGCUAUAUUAGCGACUAUAUACUACUUUAGACCUGAUAAAUUUGCUACAAAUAGCGGUGUUAUAAAAUUUUAUUGGCUCUCCCAUUGGUCUACUUUGGUGGUCGCUACAGUGAUAACGUUUAUGUAUUGGCUUUUUAUCUAUCCCACCGAUGAUGCCAGAGCUUCAGAUUUAUAUAAUUUAUGGGCCCAUGGUUUCAAUUCUAUUUUAAUGCUGCUGGAUCAUAUGCUAGUGGCGUUUCCAUCACGUAUUUUACAUUUUAUCUAUCCAUUAACGUUAGGCCUAGCAUAUGGAAUUUUUUCCGUAAUCUUCUAUUUUGCGGGAGGUGUAGAUAUCAAUGGCAAUCGUUUUAUCUAUGAAAUUUUGGAUUGGUCCAAGCCCGGUUGGGCCUCUUUAGUAAUAUUUGGUUGUUUAAUUUUAGUUUUAAUAUUCUGUUUCCUAUUAUUUUGUUUGUACAAAUUAAGAAAAUCUAUUUAUUGUAAAUGUAAUAAUUCCAAGUUGACAAUAUCAGCCUAAUCU